ACACUUGGCUCCUAUUGGUGGAGUCACGUCACCUUACCUUCAUUUUGAAGGAAGAUGGAUUCCAGUAGCGGUGGUUGGGUUUUCAGGAACGACUCAAAAAUGGGUUUAGAUAAACCCGGAAAUGUCAACAAUGAAUAUGACAACAGAACAGUUGAAGAAUUAGAUGAUAUGAUGCAUCUUGUUUAUAACCAAGAAAAUGGAAAUCCAGAGCUUUUUGACACCGAAUUAUUUAAUUCAAUGCCAACAACAGACACAAAUCUUCUGAGUUCCUUUGAUGAAGAUUUAGAUUUAGAUCUCUUCAAUAAUAUGGAUAAUAUGGUGAUGCAAAUGCCUUCGGAUACACAACUAAAUCAACAGCCAACGUCGCCGUUACAAAAACUUCCUGUUAGUCCACAAAGAACUCAAAUUUCAAGUCCUAUAACCUCUUCUCAGCCGACAACUGUUAUUCAUAUUUCACAGCCACAAUCUCCAACACUAUCUCAUAUUUCAUCAAUAACCCCUUCAGUCAAUGCUAGUGCUGCCCAGCCUGCUUCUGUUAAUCCCGUUCAGACUCAGCCAGUUUUAACUCAAACUCAACAGUCAUCACCUAUACAACGUGUAGUUGUACAUCCAUUUAUGAGGACAGUUACUUCAAAACCAGAAACCCCUACAGUUACUACAUCAGUUGUGUCCAAUUCUGUUCCAACAGUGAAUGAUAUUUUGGCUGUGAUUAAAGAACAACAGAAACAACAAUUGCUUCAUCAGUUAAGUCAGUUGCCACCACAGAAAAUGCAGCAGUUACUGUUACAAGCCCAGUUACUGAAAGAAACUGGAGGAAGAGUUGUGGCUUACACUGCUCCAUUGCAAACUGUUAAUACUACUAUUCCUACAAAUUCACCUGUGUCCACUGUUAAUUCUCCUAUUCAGACAGUUGUUACUACUCAGACAGGAGGAACAAUUUUAACUACAGGAAUUCCAAUUGUUUUGGAUGCAGAUAAGCUUCCAAUAAAUAGGAUAACAACUUUAAAACCACCAUCAAAAGGUGAAAAACGAAGUGCACAUAAUGCAAUUGAACGAAGAUAUCGGAGCAGCAUUAAUGACAAAAUAACUGAACUUAAAAAUAUGGUGGUUGGCACAGAAGCAAAAUUAAACAAAUCUGCUGUUUUAAGGAAAGCUAUUGAUUAUAUUAGAUUUCUACAAAAUUCCAAUGCCAAAUUAAAACAAGAAAAUAUGAGUUUAAAGAUGGCUGCGCAAAAACAAAAACUAGAAGACCUUCUUGAACAAAAAACUGUACCAAAUACGACUAAUUUGAUGGAUUUCACUCCACCAACAUCUGAUAUUAGUUCACCCGAACGUAGUCCGGCAGAAAGCAAUGGCGAUUCUUGUGGAUCCGAACCAUCUUCUCCACAAUAUACGUCAACUAGCUCUUUACCGGGAACACAAACCUCUGAUAAAAAUUUUAAUUUCUUUGUUAAAGAAGAAGAGAAGAACAGUUUUGUUACCAGUGGGAUGCUGGAUCGUUCAAGAAUGGCUUUAUUUAUUUUUGUGUUUGCCAUAUUGGUAUUCAAUCCUUUUGGUUAUCUUUUGCCUGGUGGUAAUGAUUUUGCUGGAGACAGUGAACUUCAAAGGACCGGACGGGUCAUUUUAUCUGCAAAUAAACAAAGUGAAGGAUGGUACCAUAAUUAUAUGUUUGGUUUAUUACCUUGGAUCAUGAAUGCAAUAUUGGUUUUAAUCUGUCUGACAAAGUUGUUCAUUUAUGGUGAGCCAAUUAUCAAAUCUGGUUCAACUUCUUCAACAAUGUUUUGGAGACACAGAAAACAAGCAGACUUAGAUUUGGCAAAAGGUGAUCAUAAUGGUGCAGUUUGUCAACUGAAACUCUGUCUCAGAGCACUUGGUCGACCUUUUCCAACUGGACACAUUGACUUGAUUUCUGGAAUAUUUUGGCAUUUGAUAAGACAGAUUCUUCAUAAAUUAUGGAUUGGUUACUUUCUUGGAACUAGAGCAGGUGGUCUGAAAGUUCCACAGAAAUAUCGCGACGAAAGUAUGAAAGAUGCAGCCUUAGUUUAUCACAAAUUAAAUCAGCUUCAUUUGCUAGGAUAUGUUUCAAAUAGUGGAAUGGAAGGGCUUAUGCUUUCCUUAAGUGCUCUUAAUUUGACGGAAGCUGUACAGCAUGCCAUUCCGAAAGAUACUCUAGCAGAAAUCUAUAUCAUGAUGUCAUUAAGAAUUAAAGAGAAUCUUUCUCAAAGAUUCCAUUUUCUGGCAUGGUAUUUCUUAAGACUGGCAAAAAAGACUUGCUCAGCUAAUGGUCAGCAACCGCCGCCCUGUUUUCAGUGGUUGUUUCAUCCGAUUGGUCAAAACUUUUUUCUCUCGCAUAAUUGGAACUUUGAAGAGGAGGAAACUUUGUUUAGCUGUUUAGAAAAUCCAAUGGAUCCUAUUUCGUUUGUGUCUCGAAGUUUUCGUGAAUACCUUUUGGAAAAAACAGCUACAAUACUAAUGACUCCAGGAGUGGAAGAUUCUCUAUCUGCAAACAUUCAUAAAAGGAGAAAGUCAUUUGGAGCAGAAAUCUUAAGUUAUGUAGAUCUUUUGAUGGAAGCAAGUAAAGCAGCUGGUACGCCUCGAACUAUUGCAGUUGCUAUCGGUUCUAGUACAAUCAGACUCCAAAGCGAAGAUUCUGUAAUUCAGUGGUGGGCUGCUUUAAUUGGCAUUGCCACAAAUUGGCUACUCGAUGAAGAGAAUAAGUCAGAAAAGUUCUACACAAUUGUUGAGAAUAUGCCUUCUUCACUUAAUGGUGUUCGACAUCCAUUACCGAAAGCUCUCACUGCAGCUUAUAAAGCACGGUCGGCUUUUCGUCAUCAGUCUGUGACUUUAAACGAAUGUGUAAUUGCUUGUGAUAAGGCUGGUGGAUUGUUAAGAGACAGUAUGAAUUACUCUUUACAUCAGACUCCUCCAACAAUUAUACAGCUAUUUCAACUGUUAGCUGUCGACUGGUUACUUUCUACUAGGACUGCAAUAUGGGAAGAAAAGCAGAAGAUGAAUCAUACCGGAGAAAUUGAUUUUCAUAUUUUAAGUGGAUUUCAACAAGAUUUGCAUUGCUUAAGAAGAUUGGCGUACCAUAUGUCUGCAGCAUAUUCAAGACUUUACCUGUAUGAAGCAACUAUUCGGUUAAUAGCUGGUGUUAAUCCUACAAAAACUCAAAUGAUGUUAGAGAAAACUUUCAGAAGAAGAAAUAAUAAUAAUAAUGUUUCCUUAAUUUGUACAAAAAGUGCAAAUAUCGAGGAUCAGGUACUGCAAGAAAGAGAUCAAGCAGAAGCGCUGUUACUGGCCUGUCGACACUUGCCGGAUCUAGUCCUGUCGACCCCGGGCGAAAAAGAGAGCAUGCUGGCGGAAGCAGCCCGCAUACUCGAAUGUUUGGGAGACAAAAAGAAACUACAGGAAUGCCAUCAAAUAAUGAUUGCAUUGGGUAGUAUAGUGACUUCUGCUCAAUUGUAAAAAAAAAAAAAAAUGUAUUGUCAUUAUUCACUACAUUAAUAUUUUGUAUUAACAUAAUUAUAAUUAUUAUGUUAGUAUUUAUAAUAAUCAAAUUUUAGA